GUGUGUGUGUGUAUAUAUAUAUAUAAUAUAUAUCAGGGUUCCCACGGGUCAUGGAAUUUCUGGAAUAUCAUGGAAUUUCAAUAAAGGUUUUUCCAGUCAUGGAAUUUGACCAUUUUGCAUGCACAGUCAUGGAAUAUCAUGGAAUUUUCUCAACAGUAGUGUAGAAGCAAAAUUUGAGUAUAUUUUGUUUCUUAUUUUUGUUUAGUCUCCAACGUUGUUUCUUAAGGUUUUCGUUUAGUCUACAACGUUUCACGCUCUAAAAUGUGCAACAUUCUAGAAUGCAAAAUCUUUGAGCCCACAGAAGCCCGGGACUCUGUGUCAGUUGAGGCAAACAUGCCUGGCAAAUGCAGGUUCCAAGAAAGCUGGCUCGAAAAUGACUCGUUCAAAGGCUGGCUAUCACGAAUUGACGACCACAGGGCUAAAUGUAGUGUUUGUAAAACAGUCAUAUUUCUCUCAAAUAUGGGAGAGUACGCACUGCGGAGCCACGCAACUGGAAAAAAACAUGCUGCACGGCUCUGGGCGGUGAGAGCAUCGACCUCAUAACAGCGAUGCUAGUUCAGCCAUCAACAAGAAGAGAGCCUGAAGCUGCUCCCGCCCCCUCCUCCAGCGAUGUUGGCACCACGCGACUCACCAGUAGCAGCAGCAGCCGAGAACACCUUGGUCUAAUACCAGCAAAAACUCUGGAGGCUGAAAUCCUGUGGUGUCUGAAGCUGACCGAGUCCCACUGGUCAUACAGGUCCUCGGAAAAGAGUGGUUCUCUGUUCAGGAGGAUGUUUCCAGACAGCAACAUUGCCAGCAGCUUUCAAUGUGGAGAGACAAAGUCCUCUUAUUUGACUGUUUUUGGUCUUGCACCAUACUGCAAGUCACUGGUAAUGGACAGGAUUAAAUCAGCACAGAAUGGGUAUGUUUUGCUGUUUGAUGAGAGCCUGAAUCAGAAAACACAAUCCAAGCAGAUGGACAUACACGUGAAAUUUUGGGACAAUGAUAUUGUGGCUACCCAUUAUUUCAGUUCUGACUUCAUGGGACACUCUACUGCUGAGGACAUGGUGAAGGUCUUCCACAAGGCAACAGAAGGGUUAACUUACUAAAAUCUUGUACAACUGUCAGUGGAUGGACCUAAUGUAAAUUUGAAAUUCCACAAACUCAUACAAACAGAAAUGGAGAAUGAUGUGAACACAUGCCUACUAAAUGUGGGUAGCUGUGGCUUACAUAUUUUACAUGGCGCUUUCAAAAAGGGUGCAGAUGUUGCCCAAUGGAAUUUAGACCAGUUUCUCAGCAGUGCAUACUGGCUACUGAAAGAUUCUCCUGCGCGGAGAGAAGAUUAUGCAAAAGCCGUAGGACAAACCUCUCCCUUAAUGCCACUGAAGUUCUGCAAAAUUAGAUGGGUUGAAAAUGUGCCUGUUACUGACAGAAUGUUAAGGAUUCUUCCUGAUUUUACGACAUAUGUCCAUGCAGUCGAGGCUGGCAAAUUCUCAAAUCCAGCAACUAAGCUACCUUACUGUCAAAGAGGGGUGCACAGAUCCCCUCAUGCCUGCAAAACUGGCAUUUCUUUUAUCAUUCUCAAAAGAGGUUGCACCGUUUUUGACUCAAUACCAAACAGACCGCCCUAUGAUCCUGUUUCUGGGGGGAGAUCUGUUUAAUUUAAUGUCCUCAAUUAUGGCACGCUUUAUGAAGUCUGAUGUAAUGGCUAAUGCCAACACAGUUGGUAAAGUGAUGUCAUUAGACAUCACUGACAAAAACAAUCUUGCGCAUGCAAGUAAAGUUGAUGUUGGCUUCUGUGCCGAAAAAGUGCUGAAAAACCUUGUGUCCACAAAAAAAAUCUCAGAAAAGGCAGAAUUGGAGUUUAGGAAUGAGUGCAGGAAAUCCUUGCAGUCCCUUGCAGGGAAAUUACAAGAAAAGUCACCCCUGCAUUACAGUCUAGUACGCAACAUGGAUUGCCUAGAUCCUAGGAGAAUGGCAGAGAAUGGGGAAGCCUGCAUCACAAAACUGAAAAGAAUUCUGAAAGUCAUGACUGAUGUAAAAAGAUUGGAUGAAAAUAACUGUGAUGAUGUGGUAAAACAAUACAGGGUGUUCGUGCGUGAUGUUGUGUCAAGAAAUUCAGAUUUUGCUGAUUUCAAUCCUGCCACAGGCAGGGUAGAUACCCUUUUGUACACAACUAUGGCAGGGGACAAAAAUUAUGACAAACUCUGGAGUGUGGUAGCACCUCUGUUAUUGCUGUCACACGGCAAUGCGUCAGCCGAAAGGGGUUUUUCCAUUAAUAGACAAAUAGAAGUUGAAAAUAUGAAGGAAGGCAGCUACAGUGCACAGAGACUGGUCUGUGACCAUUUGAGGUCGGUGGGGGGGAUCGACAAUUUUGUGGUCACAAAGGCCUUACUUAAAUCGGCAUCCCUAGCAAGGCAACGAUAUCUACACCAUCUUGAGGAACAGAAAAAAGACAAAGAAAAAGAAAUACUGCACGCAAAAAGGAAGGCUGUUUUUGAUGGGAUUGAUGAACUGAAACGAAAGAAAGCACGACUAGAGAAAGAUGCUGCAUCUUUGCAGAAAUCUGCGGAUGAUUUUGCACAAAAAGCAGAAGAUCUUGGCGAUCUUACUUACAUUGCCAAAUCAAAUAGCCUUAGGCAGUCCGCUAAAACAAAAUAUGAAGAAAUGAAAAAACUAAACGAGGCACUUGUUGAAAAGCAAAAACUUCUUGCAAACAUUUAAAUUACACCAAAGGGAAAACAUGUAAAUAGGUUAUCAUUUCUCAUGUUCAAUGUUUGUUGCCAUGCUGUGAUGACAUUACAUUUACACUGUGCAUUUGAU